AUGUUUACAAAGGAUCCAAUGCCUCCGACAACUCAAUGGACCAGGUUUCGGGUUGGGCGUGUAAAACGUUUUACGUUCAGCGACCUUCAACCCGAAACUCGUUAUAUUUGCGCUGUUACGGCAGAACACAAUGCUGGCUUGGCCACAAUGUCCAAAACAUUAAGAUUCCGGACCAAAACUCGCAGUUCUUUGAAGAAUCCGCAGUUCGAUCAGGAAGAAGAUUCGAUCGCCGUAAACAUGGCUGUAGAACAGGUGAGAUUACUGUAACAAUUAUGCGAAAACACUCAUAGGCCUCUCAUUCGCCCACUCCGUCGUUGAUGUGGCGUCCUCAACCGUUCUUUGCUCAGAUUCAGAAUGCACUUCAGACCCAUUUCCUUUCCUCACCCCUCAGAUUCAGAUUUUUGCCCGACGCGAGCUCGCGCGACCUUGUUCUCAACGACACUGAUGAUAAUUGA